CCUCCUGCAACUCAUCCACCCUGCCUGCCGCGGCGUCCGCCCUACGGGGUGCCUAUUAGCGCCUGGCCUGAGCCCUUGCCCCCGUAACGUGCGUCCAUUGAUACUGGCAGGUAACUAAUGAGCCAGUGUAUUGCUCUUGUUACAAUGCGUCUGGGGGCAUCCGUGUCUCGACAGAACCGUCCUCCCCCCCACCUCCCGGUUUGCUAGCUUGCGCAACCCUCAAGCCAUGCGACACAGGGGCCGCAUCAGCCAAAUACGCCCACCGCCCACGCCGCCUUCGUUGAUGACCUCCUAUCCCUUACCUCAUCUCUCACGCCUUUCCUGAGCAGACUACCUCACUAAGCUCCCCUUCCUCGGCCUCGACUCCGACGGGCUCUCCGCCGCACGCACCGUUCUGUGCCGACCCCCGAGCGACCGCCCGACGAAGCCGGCCCUGCCGAACGGCUGACACCCGUGACACCCUCUUCGACCACGUCGCCUCCGUCCUGCUCGAUGCCGACCCGUGGACGCUUGCCCCCUACAUAGACGUUCCUCCGCGACGGCCGACACCGCCAUGGCCGUCUUUCCGUGGUCGGACCGGACGCCGGCGGAUCACCAGCUUCCACACGACCGUCCGGCCUCGUCACUGAGACACCGCCUCGCCGCGAUUCUCGUCUUCUUUACCCAUCGCAUCUGGCGAGGCGGCCCGCGCUUGAUUUUGCAACUGGCGGCCUGUGUUCUUAUCGUACCGCUGCUACUGCACUUGAUGCCCACGCGCCUCACGGGUGGCUACCGCCUGUCCUGGUCAACAGCCAGACCCCGCGACACGGGUGCUCUGCGCAUUGUCGUCUUCGGCUCCCAAGAUGUUGCAGGCAGCUCCUCGGCCUACGCAGGCUCGAGUGUCACCUGGACAGAGCAGUUGUGUUCAGAGCUGGAUUGCUCCUCGUACCUGUCCUUUGUUCCCGACGGCAAUUCCAAGCCCGCCCUCACGUCCAAUGGGCUAUACGGCAACGAGCUCCACGCACUGCAGGACCAAAUCAAGACGUCCGACUUCCUUUCAACACCUGCCAACGAUUACGAGUUUCUCACGAAGCAAUACCCCGUACCCAUGGACACCCCGGACCUCGAGGCGCAGGUCAAGCAAUUCCUCGCCCUACCCCCUCCUGAAAACGCCCCGCGGAACACCCUCUGGGUCUUCACUUUUGGCACGUGGGACGUUUGGAACCUUGCUGCUUUCCCUCGCGUGUCGGCCGAACACCUCAUCGACGCUCUUGUCUCACACCUGUUCGUUCAGGUUGAACUUCUUUACUUGAAAGCCCUGAAUCCCACCUCGGUCGCCUUUUCCGACUUUUGGGCCAACGCAACCGAGCGCGAUGUCGACCGACUGGCGGAUCCGACCACCAAGAGCAAGGUUGACCGACGUGAAUUGGAGAGCUUCCGAAUUAUUAUUCCAAAAUUGGCCGACAUGACCAUUACGCCUGGGUGGCAGCAGCGGCCCGAUCCCUCAUACCCUCACUCGAAAGCUGAGCAGAUGCGCAACGCCGAUUUUUUGACCAGGCACUGGAAUGCCCAAGUCAAGAAUGCGCUGGAGUCAUGGAACGCCAAGGGGCGCCGUCGACCAGACGGCAUCGAGGAGGAAAACGUCAAGGAGGUCACGGAAUGGCCAAAGACCAAAUCGUUGCUCAGACUCCUGCCGUCGACUCUUCAGCCGGAAAAGGACUCGGCGCGAGAGACUGCAUCGGAGGAUGAUGUCGUAUACGCACCGUAUCCGCAGCGCGCUGGACUCCAGCUCAACCUGACAACAAGUAUUCUGGACGCCAUGACGGACGAAGAAAUGCGGCGAUCUGGACUCAAGGACGGCAAGGGCCGAGGCACCCUUUCAGUCAAUGACUCACUGUACUUUGUCAACACCUGGACGCCUUGCACAGCCAAACCCGCAGUGGGAGUUAGUGUCGUGGCUGCUGGAGCUGACGGCACGGUGUGCCAAAAGCCGGACGAGCACUUGUACUAUGACAGCUUCACUCUCAGCCAACGAGCCAUACGAGAAGUGGCAGGGUUGGCAGCUGACAAGAUUUCCCAGGAGUUGUUUGUUUCCUUGUAAAUUGGCUUCGAAAGCGCGUGGCACGUCACGUAGGCGAGUUGGUAGACGGUUCUGAUUGCAUACUGUGCCCCUUGUCGCACGACGCAGGGCACACAUUGGCGGGCGUACGGCGUUAUGGUGCUAUUGGAAGUCUCAUUCAGGGACGCCUGAGGUUGCCAGGCAGAAGCCCUGCGAGGGAUUGGAUACCAUGCAGGAUUGAUCGCUUUACUUUUUUGACAUGCCAGAUAGCAAUAUACAGCUGACCAUGGCCGUCAAAAGAUCACC